CCGCAGGGAGGAGGGGACGCGGCCCGGCGCCUCCGAGCGCACAUUCCUCCGCCGCGCGCGCCACCGAGCGGAGCGCCGCGGCCCCCGGACCGCGCGUGGCCCGCAGAGCGACCCCGGCCCGGCGCCGGCCCCGCCCCGCGCCCAGGGGUCCCGGGGCGGGCUCCGGGCUUCGGGCGGACGAUGCGGCGGCGCGGCCGGAGCGGCGGCGGGAAGCGGAGGCGGAGGUGACGCGCCGGGGCCGGCGGGCCGGGCCAUGCAGCGCUCCCGGGCGGCCGCGGACGAGGCGGCUCUGCUCCUGGCCGGGCUGGCCCUGCGGGAGCUGGAGCCGGGCUGCGACUCCCCGGGCCGGGGUCGGCGGGGGCCGCGGCCCGGGCCGGGAGACGAGGCGGCGCAGGCGUUGGGCCGCAGAGGGCAGGGCAGCGGCGGCGGCGGCCCCGAGGCCGGGGUGGACGGACUGAGCCGCGGGGAGCGAGGCCCGCGGCGCGCGGCGGCCCCCGAGCUCAGCGCGCAGCCGGCGGGCAGCCCGCGGGCCAGCCUGGCGGGCUCCGACGGAGGCGGCGGCGGCAGCGGCAGCGCCCGCUCCAGCGGAAUCAGCCUGGGCUACGACCAGCGCCACGGCAGCCCGCGCUCGGGCCGCUCGGAUCCGCGCCCGGGCCCCGGGCCGCCGUCGGUGGGCAGCGCGCGCUCCAGCGUGUCCAGCCUCGGCUCCCGCGGCUCGGCCGGCGCCUACCCCGACCUGCUCCUGCCCGGCGCCUGCUCCGCGCCGGCUCGCUCCCCGGAGCCCGCCGGGCCGGCCCCUUUCGCUCUGCCUUCGCUCCAGCUGCCCCCGGGCCGGGAGGGCGCCCCGAGCUCGGCGGAGCGGCGGCUGGAGGCGCUGACCCGAGAGCUGGAGCGGGCGCUGGAGGCGCGCACGGCGCGGGACUACUUCGGUAUUUGCAUCAAGUGUGGGCUUGGCAUCUAUGGAGCGAGGCAGGCGUGCCAGGCAAUGGGGAGCCUGUAUCACACCGAUUGCUUCACCUGCAACUCCUGUGGGAGACGACUUCGCGGGAAGGCGUUCUACAAUGUGGGUGAGAAAGUGUACUGCCAGGAGGACUUCCUGUACUCCGGGUUCCAGCAAACGGCUGACAAGUGUAGCGUGUGUGGACACCUCAUCAUGGAGAUGUGCCUCCCGCCCCCAGAUCCUGCAGGCCCUUGGGAAGUCCUACCACCCGGGCUGCUUCCGGUGCUCGGUGUGCAACGAGUGCCUGGACGGGGUGCCCUUCACUGUGGACGUGGAGAACAACAUCUACUGUGUCCGAGAUUAUCACACGGUUUUUGCACCAAAAUGUGCCUCCUGUGCCCGUCCUAUCCUCCCUGCACAGGGCUGCGAGACGACCGUCCGUGUGGUGUCCAUGGACAGAGACUACCACGUCGAGUGCUAUCACUGCGAGGACUGCGGGCUGCAGCUGAGCGGGGAGGAUGGACGCCGCUGCUACCCCCUGGAGGGCCACCUGCUCUGCCGCCGCUGCCACCUGCGGCGCCUCCGGCCAGGCCCACUUCCCUCACCUGCUGUGCACGUCACCGAGCUCUGAGCUGGGGGCGGGUAGCCCGACCCUGGGGGCGUGUCUGUGUGCGCGCGCGGGCGCGCACGCGCGUGUGUUUGUGUGCGUGCACACGCGCGCGAUUUUUCGCUCAGGAGCGCGUGUUAUCCUGCGCACGCACGUGUUUUUUGCGCGAGUGUAUUUUUGCGCGCGCGCCGGCGAUGAGUGACCCAGGUCAGUGUCGGAGCUCUGUGUCAGGGUGGGCGCGGCCGCCGGCUCCCACCCCACCCCUACUCCCACCAGCCACCGAGCUGCUGUCCGAGGGGCCGGCCCCGCGGCGAAGCUACUAAUAUUUAUUCACCGUCUGUGCCUCCUCAAACGGCUUCCUUUCUUUCGGGCCCUGGCCGCCUCCCGCCCCCACCCCCUCACCCGCCUUCUGUUUCGGGACCCCCUGUGCCCCGUAGCCCCGGGGGCAGGCUCCCAGACCGGCUCUGGGUCACGGGGCUGAAGGUGGCCGUUACCACGUGCAGGGGCGCGGGGUACACGGCCGCCGUCCUCCGACUGGCCUCGGGGCGGGAGCCAGUUUCCCUGUAUAGAAGGGGUCUGGGACCCCCUUCAAGAACGCUCCGGGGAGGCGGAGGUUGGCGGAGGGCACGCGUGUUUGUCUCAUAAGCGCCUGGCCCGCUGGUGGGUGGGAAGGGUUCGUUGUUUGGGAGGGGUCGCAGAACGGGGUGAGGAAUGACACCCUUAGGGAGUGGGGCCUGCGAAGGAGCCCUCCCUUUGGCCAUUGUGGUCACUGCGGGUUUUGGCCACCGGGAUUCCGAUGGGCGUUUUCAGCCUUCAUCCCGCCCCGGUCUUCCCAUCCCUGGCUCCUCGUUCCCAAACCCUCCCGUCCUCGGCCUCGGGAAAAGAACACCUCGUGCAGAAUUCCAGCCACAGGUCUCGGUCGAGAGAGACCGCGAGGGGGCGCCCUGCCCGUUACAGGAAAGCACUGUGUAUCAGGCUCCACAACAAAAGCAUAUGAUUUGACUUAAAUUAAGUUUUUCCUUUGAGAAUAUUUUCAUUUUCUUUAAAAGAAUAUAGUUUUCUUCUAAAAA